AUUACUAGCUGUGAAGAAGUAUUGUCCCAGCUGGGGGAGUACCGGGGGCAGCUGGGGGACUGGAAGACUCACCACCUCCAGCUCCAGGACAAACUUAAUUCUCUGGUAGAGCAGAUCAAGUCAGCAAUGCAGCUCUUGGAACUGGAGGAUACCAGUGUGGUGGAUAUGACAAAACAAGGAGAGGAAGGGAAGACUCAGCUGGAGGCCAUGUUGGGGAGCCUCGACCCAGUCAACACCAUACAGGAGGUUGACACAACCAUAGACACAGCUCAUGAGUACAAGAUGAAGAUAGAAGAUUGGCUGGAGAAGUGCCAGGAACUCUUCCCAGAUGUCAAGACUGUCCACACCUCAGUGAAGGUGCAGGAGACCAUCAGGGAGGCCCUGGAGAUGAUGACCACGGAGAGACAGGUGCCACAGCUAACCCCAUACACCUGGGAGACUCAGCCUCCAGCAUCAUGAAUAAAGUUCAAGAAAUCACUGGACAGAUCCCCCAGAAGCAAUU